AUGUACCUUGCACUGCUCAUUCACUUAACCUAUAGUGCUACUCACAGAUGGAAUAUAUUAACUACAUCUAUAGAAAAAAGUGAUAGUAAUCGAUUACUAGUAUUAAAAUCUUUAAGUGAUACUAGAUGGUCAUGUCAUACAGAGUCUUGUAAAGCAUUAAUAAAUAAUUACACUAAAAUUAUUGAAGUAUUAGAAACUAUAAUAAGUCCUAAUAGUAAAGAAAAUGAAGAUACUAAAAGAAAUGCUAGACCAUUAUUAAAAAAAAUUUUAAAAAAAGAAACUGGAUACAUGGCACUUUUAUGGAAUGACAUUUUAGAAAGAUCCAACAAGACCUCAAUACAGUUGCAAACAAUAAAUUGUGAUCCUUUAAAAGCUCUUAAUUUACUUAUAUCAUUAAAGCAUUAUGUAUCAAAUUUGAGGAAGUGCAGUACAUUAUAUGAAAAUAAAAUAAAUCAACUUAGUCCUAAAAUAAAAGAGAAAUACUCCGAUGAACAAGAGAGAAUAAAAAAAAAGAAAUUUCCAAAUGACUCUGGUUGUAAUCAGGUAUCUUUAAGUGGUCAUGACAAGUUUAGAGUAGAGACUUAUUAUGUUAUUAUAGAUAGUUUUUGUUCACAAUUAGAAAAACGAAUUGAAGCUUAUAGUUUUCUAAAAAACAAUUUUUUGUUCAUCACAAAAUUACAUGUUGUUUUACCACAAGAUACUGAUGAAGAAGAAGAAGUUAAUAAAAGUCUUGAAAAUUUUAUUUUAUUUAAACCUUCAUAUGAUGACACACAAGAUUAUCUGCUAGAUAUUUGGAAGCAUUUCAAUGAAAAAAAUCUAUUACUUUCUUUUCCUAAUUUGUAUACUGCAAUUAAAAUAUAUCUAACCAUACCUAUUGCAAAUUGUUCGGCUGAAAGAGCAUUCUCCAAAUUAGCUCGAAUAAAAAACAAGUAUAGAACAAGCUCUUCUCAAGAAAAUUUAAAUAGUUUUAUGGUUUUGUGUUCAGAGAGUGAUGUUUUGGAGGUAAUUAAUACCGAUGAUAUAAUUAAAGAGUUUGCUGCCCAAAAAUCUAGAAAAAAAUAUUUUUAA